GUUGCUGGGGGCGGUGGUGAUCCCAAUGAAGGGGAUCGUCGUGGGGCGACUGGAAGCGCCGGUCUCUUCAAGUGCGCAUUUAAUAUCUUUAUGGGAAAUGUGGCGUCUGGCGUGUUUCUCCUGCCCAACUUCUACCGGUAUGCUGGGUAUGUGAUGUCCCCAAUCAUUGGCCUGGUCCUCGGCUCCAUCGUGGUGGACUGUUCCCGGCUGCUGCUCCGCGCCAAAACAAUGGUGAACCGAGGCUCUGUUUCGGACUAUUUGCAGCUUUGUGGUUUUGUGCUCGGGAAACCCUUUCAGUGCGUUUUUCUCUUGGCCCUGCUUUUGACCCAACUCGGCUUCUGUGUGGUUUACCUGCAGCUGUUUGGAGGCACCAUCGCAAGACUUGCGGCAACAUUUCCAGGCGCGGAGUAUAUUUGGAUGACCUUUAUGUUUGUCGUUGUCCUGCCCAUGACAUUUUUUGGCCAUAACUCGGCGUUUCUCUUGGUUAUAUCCAUCAUCUCCGCAGUAUCUAUGAUUUUCGCGAUGAUUGUUACGAUGGCUCUGGCGCUUCACAUGAUUCGUGAACGGGGCGUGGAAGUAACCGAACAAGCUUGGGGAAAUGAUAUACCGUUUGGUUGGUUUACCAACGCGGCAAGUACCAUGAUGCUGCUGGGGGGAAUUGCUGCUGUUUUGCCCGUCGAGAAUUCGUGCAAGAAGAGGCCUUCGUUUCCGCGGGUGCUUACCCUCGUUCUGUACUCGGUUGUUGGCUUGUAUUUGCUGUACGGGUUGGUUGUGAGCCUGGCGACCGGCCCGGAGCUUCAUGUGCUGAUGCUGGCUCAAUUUGCCGAGCUGGCCGAGCUUCCGCUUUACCUUGCUGCGCGUAUGGCAUAUAUGCUGAAUAUCCUGUGCUCGUACCCCAUCCUCUUUACGCCCGCGGUGUUGCAGCUGGACUCACUGCUUGGGUGCCGCCCCCGGUCUAGCAAAGGAGUCUUGACGCGGAUUGCCGCAAAUCUGGUCGUGUGUGCCGUUGCGAUGGGCGCCGGAACCGGCACCGUCUUUUUUGUGGCCCCCCUGAUUGGGGCGCUCCCGGCUGCGGUCAUCUUGCUGCUGCUGCCGGCGCUGCUCUCGCUCUUCGUGGAGUCCAGCGUGGAGGACCCUGCCGAGCCCCGCAUGACGCGGGAGUACUGGCGGCGCAGCCUAUUUGGCAGGCGCUGCACACUCAUCAGGGCACGUGCCUACGUGUACCUUCUCCUUGGCGCCCUGAUUAUGGCUCUGGGGACCCUCGGCGUCGUGAAGGCUCUCGUGAGGUGA